CACGAUUUAAUUUCUAGGGGUAGGGACUAGGGAGGCAGAAGGUAGACACAUCGGUAGAGCAGCAGAGCGGUGAAGAGUGGAGAGCGCCCACUGCCAUUGAAGUACAAGGAAACGUAGUACUAGCUCCGCAUUUCUCGUGACAUUUUCCGCGUCAGAGAUUAAAUCAUGGCACGUACCAAGCAGACGGCCCGUAAGUCCACUGGAGGAAAGGCUCCUCGCAAACAACUUGCUACCAAAGCAGCUCGUAAGAGUGCUCCGUCCACUGGUGGAGUUAAGAAACCCCAUCGUUACAGACCUGGUACUGUAGCUCUUCGUGAAAUCAGAAGAUACCAGAAGUCAACAGAGUUGUUGAUCAGAAAGUUACCAUUCCAACGUCUGGUUCGUGAAAUUGCACAGGAUUUCAAGACUGAUUUGCGUUUUCAAAGUGCCGCUAUAGGUGCCCUCCAGGAAGCUUCUGAAGCAUACCUGGUUGGUCUCUUUGAAGAUACAAAUCUUUGCGCCAUCCAUGCCAAACGUGUCACCAUCAUGCCCAAGGAUAUACAGUUGGCUCGACGAAUCCGUGGAGAACGUGCUUAAGAUGUGGCAUCUAAUUCUCAUGCAUACCGUCUACAGUUAUUAUUAAUAUUCAUAUCGAUGGAUGAAGCACAUUCAUUCCGAUCUAUAUUGUGUUGUAUUUCGCCAGAAAUUAAUGUUCCGAACAUUAACUUUGCAUUCUUGCGCCAAAAACAUAGGGCACUUGAAUGCUUGUCAAAAUUAUACUAACAUAAUUCGUUCAUAUUUCAUAGUCGCUAGGUUUAGGCAGUUUCACAAGAGGUCUCAUAGUCUCUAAACUCAAAUGUUCUUCAGCAUCCUCCUAUAAUAAUAGAAAAAAACUAAUCAUAGAGAAAUUUGUUCGAUGAAUGUUCAAGAUAGAAAUCGAAAUUCAAAAGUAUUGAACAUUUUGAUUCAUCUUUUUCACAAUAUCUAAUACUUGUGCAAAAGAUUCGUCAUCAAUUCGAAUGUUCUUAAACAUUUAUUAACUUCCCUGUGAUUAAUGUCUCACGUGAGCUUUGGAGAUAGCAGACUUUGAUUUUUCAUUGUUCCAUUAUGGAUAUCAUUACACAAUUAUUAUAUUGUCAUUAUUAUUACUAUUGUCAUCAUCAUCAUCCCUCAUUAUCAUUAUUGUCAUCCUUAUUAUAAUUAUUAUACACAGUUGUGUGCAUUAGGAAGUAACAGCAGCUCGUUUCUAUAGCGAUCCAGCAAUAGCUCUUUCCUCACAGGUUUCUGGUUGUAUGGAAAUUUACGUAAGUCGACUUUGGGUCACACAAGUAUUCAUCGUUCUUUGUGUAGAGAAAAACGUUUUAUAAAUAAAUCGUCUAAAUUCUA